UUCUAAAGAGGUCCAUAUUUUUUUCUCCAUCUUUAACAUUCUUACUGAACUCUCAUUGGGCCACAGGCGGUGCUCCGACUAGCGGCGAUCGACAAAGCAAAGAAGGGAGCUUUCGCCACCAUCUGCUCGUUUACACAUGGUGCGUUUACAGCCAGAUCCAUUCCUCAAUGAACUGACAAACAUGUUUGAGCGAACUAUGGAAAAGGGCUCUGUUUGGGUCACACUUAAGCACUCUUCUGAUAAGUCCAAAUCCCAACGGAAUAAAAUGAAGACUUCUGGUGAAAAAAUUGAAUAUAAGUGCCUCAUUCGAGCAACCGAUGGGAAAAAGAACAUAUCAACCAUGGUGGGCCCAAAAGAUCACCAGCGUUUCCAAGCUUCUUACGCAAUUCUAUUGAAGGCUCGAAUGACUGCUUUGAAGAAGAGGGAGAGGAAGGACCGGAGAAAGGCUGCAGCAGGCUCAGAAAAGAAACAAGAGGGUACAAAGAAGCAAUCUGCUGCUACCAAGGCCUCAUCUUGAACCAAAUUUUUUCUUCUAUCUUUUCCCAUCUAUGUUUUUAGGUUAUGGUUUAAUGUUACCCAUCUCCAUUGACAAGAUAUAACCAUAGUUUGGUCCUUGCAAAUUUGCAGAAACCGCAUUAAAUGCAAGAUGUAUUGUUAUAAAAUUCACAUAUAAUU